GGCGGGCGGCGGGCGCGGGCGCGGGGGCCGGGCGCGGCAUCGGCGGGAGCAGCAUGGAUUGGGGCACUGAACUGUGGGAUCAGUUUGAGGUGCUCGAGAGGCACACGCAGUGGGGGUUGGACCUGUUGGACAGAUACGUGAAAUUCGUGAAAGAGCGGACUGAGGUGGAGCAAACUUACGCCAAGCAGCUGAGGAACCUGGUGAAAAAAUACUUGCCCAAGAGACCUGCCAAAGAUGACCCUGAAUCCAAGUUCAGCCAGCAACAGUCCUUCGUGCAGAUUCUCCAAGAAGUAAAUGACUUUGCUGGCCAGCGGGAGCUGGUGGCUGAGAACCUCAGUGUCCGUGUAUGUCUCGAACUGUCCAAGUACUCACAGGAGAUGAAACAGGAGAGAAAGAUGCAUUUCCAAGAAGGCCGUCGUGCCCAGCAGCAGCUGGAAAAUGGCUUCAAACUGCUGGAGAAUAGUAAACGUAAAUUUGAGCGAGACUGCCGGGAAGCUGAGAAGGCAGCCCAGACUGCUGAGCGGCUAGACCAGGACAUCAAUGCUACCAAGGCUGAUGUGGAAAAGGCCAAGCAGCAAGCCCACCUUCGGAGCCACAUGGCAGAAGAAAGCAAAAACGAGUAUGCAGCUCAGUUGCAGCGCUUCAACAGAGACCAGGCCCACUUCUAUUUCUCUCAGAUGCCCCAGAUAUUCGAUAAGCUGCAGGACAUGGAUGAACGCCGGACCACCCACCUGGGGGCUGGGUAUGGGCUCCUGUCAGAAGCCGAGCUGCAGGUGGUACCCAUCAUCGGCAAGUGCUUUGAGGGCAUGAAGGUGGCCGCUGAAGCUGUGGACGCCAAGAACGACUCCCAGGUCCUAAUAGAACUGCACAAGUCUGGCUUUGCCCGUCCUGGUGAUGUGGAAUUUGAAGACUUCAGCCAGCCCAUGAACCGAGCACCCUCGGACAGCAGCUUGGGCGCCCCUUCAGAAGGACGUACCCCUGGCCGUAGCCGUGCUAAGCGCUGGCCCUUCGGCAAGAAGAACAAGACAGUGGUGACUGAGGAUUUCAGCCACUUGCCCCCAGAGCAGCAGAGAAAGCGUCUUCAGCAGCAGCUGGAGGAACGUAAUCGUGAACUACAGAAGGAGGUGGACCAGAGGGAAGCCCUGAAGAAAAUGAAGGAUGUGUAUGAGAAGACACCCCAGAUGGGGGACCCUGCCAGCUUGGAACCCAAAAUCACAGAGACCCUGAGCAACAUUGAACGGCUGAAAUUGGAAGUGCAGAAGUAUGAGACUUGGCUGGCAGAAGCUGAGAGCCGGGUCCUGAGCAACCGGGGUGAUAGCCUGGGCCGGCACACCCGGCCCCCGGACCCGCCAGCCAGUGCCCCACCGGACAGUAGCAGCAGCAGCAACAGUGGGUCACAGGACAACAAGGACAGCUCUGAAGAACCCCCCUCAGAGGAGGGCCAGGAUGCCCCCAUUUACACGGAGUUUGAUGAAGAUUUUGAGGAGGAACCCACAUCCCCCAUAGGUCACUGUGUGGCCAUCUACCACUUUGAAGGGUCCAGUGAGGGCACCAUCUCCAUGUCCGAGGGCGAAGACCUCAGUCUUAUGGAAGAGGACAAGGGUGACGGCUGGACCCGCGUCAGGCGGAAACAGGGAGGCGAGGGCUAUGUGCCCACUUCCUAUCUCCGAGUCACGCUCAACUGAACCCUGCCAGAGGCGGGAAGAGGGGGGCUGUCGACUGCUGCUUUUGGGCCACGGGGGCCCCCCAGGACCUAUGCACUUUAUUUCUGCCUCCGUGGCUUUGGCUGAGACCUGUGUAGCCUGCUGCCCCCUGACCCCUCACCCCAGAUGGACCCGCUGUGCCUUCUACCACUGAUGUACAUACUCUUGUUUCAAAUAAUUUUUCUUCCUGCCACUCGGCGAGGGUUAUUUUGUUUUAUAUAUAAAAAAAAUAUAUAUAUAU